AUGUGGACUAUUGCCAUCGAGGGCGGACCGCGUCGGGUGAAUCACGCGGCUGUCGAGCUUCACGGAUUCAUUUGGUCAUUCGGCGGUUACUGCUCGGGCGAGCGACAAUCACGGGAUCGGCCUAUAGAUAUUCAUGUGUUAAACCCAGCCAACUACCGAUGGACACCGAUCGAAGCCCAAAACGAGGAGCUGCUCGUUCCGAAGGAGCGCGCCAUCGGGCCAAUGUCUUUUGAACAAGAAGUCUUCGAACGCGCGGGUCUCGCGAUGCUGGGCGAUGGUGAAUGGGACGGAGAAGGCCCACCCAUACUUCAAUCUACCCUACCAGCCCACGUUCCCUACCCUCGCUAUGGCCAUACGGUUUGUGCGUUCGGCGGCAAGGCGUACUUGUGGGGCGGCCGCAAUGACGACUAUGGUGCUAGCCAUCUUCUACACCAGUUCGAUCCAGAAACGCUGAAAUGGACGCUUGUUUCAACUUCGGGAUACCCGCCACCGGCAAGAGAUGGGCACACCGCUGUCGUAUCGGGACAUCGUAUGUACGUCUUCGGCGGAUUCGAAGAAGAGCUCCAGCGCUUCAGCCAAGACACUUAUUCCUUUGACUUCCUCACCAAGACCUGGUCCAAGUUGACGACUUCGGGUCAUCCACCCAUUUGGAGGGAUUUCCACACGGCAGUGGCGAUCAACGACAAAAUGUACAUCUACGGAGGGCGCAGGGUGUACGAAAAUAAGAUGUUCGUCUUUGGCGGCUACCAGGGCACCCUGAACAAGCAUUUCAACGAUCUCUACUCAUAUGACCCAGAAUCCGGUGUUUGGGCGAUGCUUCGUCCCGCCGGCCAAUUCCCCUGUGAGCGUCGGCGCCAGUGUACCGUGGUCGUCGACGACAAAGUGUAUCUCUUCGGUGGUACGAUGCCUGUUGGCGUGACCAUCGACAAUUCUGCUACCGGCCUAGCCGACCUUGAUGAUCUACACGUAUUCGACUUCAAGCCCACGCUCCGCACCCUAUGCCUCCUCAAAGUGUGCACCCUGCGCGACACGCCCGAGUUCAAGCUGCUCCCGCGCGAAUUACGGAAAGAUUGCGAAAACGUGUGUCGAGCCAACGAGGUUGCGAUGUCCACGGUGGAUGGAUGGUUCCGCCAACUUCCAGCCGGC